GUUGACAACGCCACUCUCUCUUCUCUCUCUCUCGAUCCUAAAAAAAUGGCACUCACCACCCACUCAACUCCACUCUCCUCUUUUCACUGAACCCACAACCCCUAAGCCAUCAUGACCCACCACCAAACCCAACGCCGUCGCCGUCGUCACUCCGCCGUCUGCAACCGUCAUCCAACUUCAAAACCCACCCCCGGCUUCUGCGCCAUCUGUCUCCGCGAACGCCUCUCCACCAUCGAAUCUCUCUCCUCCGAUCAAAUCCCCGAUCUCCCCCGUGUUCGUGACGCAUCCGCCGCGGAUUUAUACCAGCCACGCCGCAGAUCGUGUGAUGUUAACUCCAACGACGGCUCUCUCCACGACCGAUUCGCCGACGCUGAAGAAGAGUGGCUAGGGAGCUCGAUUCGGAUCCCUAUGGUUCCAGAUUUGAAUGAGGAGGAGGAAGAAGGUAGAGCGAGUAUGAGACUCCUUGAAGAAGAAGAAGAAGAAAUGGAGGAUGGAGAACAGAAGACUAUGAAGGAGCUCAUAGAUCUUGAAUCAAAAACUCACCAAAUCAAGAAGAGCAACGACAAAGACUCCUCCUUUUCUUCUGUUUUCAGCAGAACGCUUAAGAAACUUUCACUCAAACAUCCCAAGAACAACGCCCAAAACGGCGACGUUUACUCAAAAACAAGUCUUGGCCGUCGCUCUUGUGAUGUAGAUCCCAGGUUAUCAGUAGAUGCUGCUCGGAUCUCUUUCGAGGAGCCUCGAGCUUCGUGGGACGGGUGUUUGAUCGGAAAAACAUAUCCAAAGCUGAUACCUUUAUCAUCUGUGACUGAAGAUGCUAAAGCAUCGCCGGAGAAGAACCAUGACGAGGAGGAUGAGGAGGAGAAGAAGCCAGGCGGGACAGCUCAGACUAGGGAUUACUAUUUGGAUUCACGGAGGAGAAGAAGCUUUGAUCGAGUAUCAUCGAGGCAUGGAUUGGUGGAUGUUGUUGAUGAAGGGAAAGCUAAGUUAUCACCUGAGAGUGUUGGUUUGUUUCAUGGAGCUAAGUUGCUUGUUACUGAGAGGGAACUUAGGGAUUCUAAUUGGUAUUCCAUUAAAAAUUAUAAACCCGAGAGCUUUGAGUUAGCUUCUAAAGGAUGUGUUGGUGGUGGUGGUGAGGUGAAGCAGGAUGGUUUUGGGUUGAAGAAGAGUGGGAAGAAAUGGGGGAGAGGAUGGAAUCUUUGGGGGUUGAUUCAGAGGAAAAGUGAUAAAGAGGUUAAAACGGAGCAAAGUUUGAAACUUGGAGGGAAUGCAAUGGAGGGUUCUCUUGCUGAGUCUCUCUUGAAGCUUAGGAGAGUGGCUAAAGGAGAAAGCAACGGUGGUGAUGUUAGUGAGAAGCUCUUGAGAAGUUACAGUGUUAGUGCAAGGAAGUCUUGUGAUGGUGGCAUGUUUCAUGGUGGUUCUGUUGUUAGUGGGUUGGAAGGUGGGAGAAGCUCUUGUGAUGGUUUGUUUCAUGGGUCUAUUACUGGUGGUGGUGUUGAGACUGGAAGAAGAAGCUUGUGCGAAGACAAACAAAAUCAUGCCAAGCUUGGUGGUGGUGCUUACUCUCCGGAUAACCUCAGAAACGGUAUGGUUAGAUUCUACUUGACGCCAUUAAAGAGCCAUGUGAUGAGCAACUCUGGGAAAAGUAGGCUGAUGAAUUAGUCUGAACUGUGAUGGAUAAUUAUGUUUGAUAGUACUGUGUUGUAAUUAGCCAUUACCAUGUAUGUUUACUUGUUAUCUCAUUGUUCUAUAGAUAUAUGAAGCCAGAUCCUAUGCUUAUCGUUGUUCUAUCUACUUUCUAAGUGUAUCAAACGAGUUCAAU